AACGGGCACCUGCUAAUCUUGUUUAAUCUGUUAAUUAGUGUGAAGGGUAAUUAGCAGAUUAACUAAAUGAUUGAAUUAACAUUAUUUCAAAAUCUAAUUAUUUAAUUAGUCUAUUUUUUUUCGAACGUAGUUCGGAAAGCAUCGGCAUGGAUACAUCGGCGGCUUCAAAAUGGCGACGAAAAUAGUGUGGAAUGUUUGAACAUGUACAGAAAUAUUGACAAUAUUCAUUUCCAUAUAAAAACGAGUUGGUGAACGUAGAUUAAAACUUAAAAAAUGUCUAAGAUAGCUAAAAAUAGGAUUAAGAGUGCGUGGACACCAUUGAGUAAUGGAGAAACAAAUAAUAAGAUAUUUGAAGAAAGAAGAGGACUUUUGAAGAAAUGGUAUGAGAAAUGGACAGAUGAACAGAGGAAAAGAAUUAUAGAAGAUUUAGUUCAUGUAUCAAAAAUCAAACAAUUACAGCAUGCACAAACAUUAGUUAAUGAUAAAGUUCCAAUGAAGCAAGAAGAUUUUACAAGGGUGCUACCAAAAGUCCUUAGUGUUUAUUUAUUUUCAUUCUUAGAUCCAAGGAGUUUAUGUCGGGCCUCAAGAGUAUGUUGGCAUUGGAAGUUUUUAACAGAAUCUGACCAGUUAUGGAUGCCUAAAUGUCUGCGACUUGGAUGGUAUCUACCUUUUACACCCAGUCCUUAUGAAACAGGUGUAUGGAAGAGAAACUAUAUAGAAAACAUCAAAAGUUUACAGGUGUUAAGACCUAAGAGUGAUGUUUAUGAAUACAAGGACUUGAUUCUGAGCCCCUUUAACAGAAGGAAACCGAGGGUUCAGUUCUCAGACCAACAUGAUGCCCUCCUAGAAUUAGAGAGAUUAAAAAUUAGCCAGGAAAGAGCUCUUCGCUCACAGAAAGAUAAGAAAAAGAAUCCACAGCCAUGGAGAGGUUCUGACCCAGUACCAAAAGAUACCUGGAGAUACAAUGUACUAGAGAAUAAUGAUAUUGUAGGGGAUGUUAACAAAAUGAGGAAGAAGAAGUCUUAUGGACCUCAUUCUGAUUAUAUUAACAUUAAUGCCAGAAGUAAAGUGAAAACAGGACAAAAUAUACUCAACCAGGCACGCAAAAGUCAGUCUAUGUCGAGGCUGAGCUAUUCAAUGGAUGCUAUGAAUGCUGACCGCCCACAAUGGGCCCGAGACGAUACUUCUCAGAAUAUUAAUGUAUCAUUUGAUAAGAAUGUAUCCAAACCCAGGGUAAAACCAGGACAUCUAAGUCCUGAACAGAAAAUGCCAAAACAGCCACCUUCAGCCAGAUCUGAGAGAGAUCCACCCACUGCCAGAUUGUUCCCAGAAACUCCAUGGAAAGUCCCAGAUAGUACAGAUUCAGAUUAAACUCCACAAAAACUUUAUACAAUUUAAACUUUGCAUUUUAUAAUGUAACUACUCAAACAUUGUUAUACAUCAAUUAUCAAUAGCUUUGGUUUCAUUCAUUUUUUCAAUUGAGAAAAUUUUCAUUUAUAUACUUUAUUUUAUGACUUAAACUAACUCUGUAGUAAAGCCUUUACAAAAUUUGUAUUGUGUUGAAUAAUAUUCAUGAUUAACUCUUAAUUUUACGACAUAUCUAGGGUCAUUCCCACUAUUUUUUUGUGUGGUGAAUUGCUAUUUCAUUGAUGUUAACAUCACAUCUCCUUUAUUUUCAAAAAUAACUUAUUAUUCUUAGACAAUUUAAGAGUAAUUUGAGAUAUGAUUACAUACUAUUAUUUCUACGUUUAAGCUAGUUUAGAGCUAAAUAUAUAUAUAUAUUCAUGUGAUAUUUGAUACUAUUUAUUCAAAUUUUUUUUAAUUUUUAAUUGGUACAACUUGAAAUACAUUUUUGUAUUUGUAAUAAAAAUUGGUGGUAAUUAACUUCAGAUGUUUAAUAAGUAAUCACUCUUAAAAAAUAGAAUAAGGGGAGAUAACUCUAUAUGUUUUAAUACAAAUUUAGCUAAGGCUUUAUAGCUGGGGAUUCCUAGAGAUUAGGCUGAUUGAUAUUUCUUCCGGAAGCCACAUUUUAAUCAAAUAUGACAUUUAAAAUGUUGGUUUUUUUUAGUUCUAUCCAUACUCUUCCUAAAGAUGCAUUUUGACUUUUAAAGAAAAAUGAAAGAUUGAUUUUUAUGUUACAAAUUGCAACCUGAAAAAGACUGAAGUAGACAUCAUAUAUGUGAUUAGAAAAUUAAAAAAAAUAUAUAAGCUUUUUUUUAGGACAUGACCUGCCAAGGAAAAUGAUUCUAUCAAAGAAGUUGUCUGUUAAAAAAAAAAAAGAAGUUGUCUGAUAUUGAUAUAACGUACUGUAUACAUUGUACUUUUAUAUUAGCUUUUUUUUAGGUCAUGACCUGCCAAGGAAAAUGAUUCUAACAAAGAAGUUGUCUGAUAAAACAUACUGUAUACAUUGUGUUUUUUUUUGUUUUUUUUUUUUGGGGGGGGGGGGGGGGGGGGGGGAUUUUUAUAGAAUUCCAUUCCAUUUAAAAUUCCAAAAUCAAAGAUUCCUUUUAUGUGAUAUUGU